AGCGCGGGCAGAGCGCGCGACUCUGGGCUGCUAAGCCUCGCUCGCGGAGGACUGCUUGGGCGCCGCGGGGCCGGGGGCGCAGGGCAAGGCCGGAGCCACACGAAGGAGGCGAAGGCGAGGCGCGGAACGGCGGGCUCUCGGUGCCGGCGGGCGCCACCAUGUCCCCGGGGAGCGGCGUGAAGAGCGAGUACAUGAAGCGCUACCAGGAGCCGCGCUGGGACGAGUACGGGCCGUGCUACCGCGCGCUGCGCCACUACCGCCUGGGCCGCCGGCUGCUGGAGCAGGCGCACGCGCCCUGGCUCUGGGACGACUGGGGCCCAGCCUCGGACGACUCGGCGUCGUCAGCGUCGUCGGGCGCCGGGGCCCCAUUACCCCAGUGCACCCCGGCCUCGCCGCCGCCGCCCGCGGCGCGGGACGGGUUGGACCAGCCGGCCCACGCGGCCCGGGAGGAGCAGGGCGCGGAGGCCGUGGGGGACGCAGAGGACGCGGAAGACGCUGCGCUGCCAGCACUGUCAGUGAAAGACAUAAAAGAAAAACCUGAACCACAGAUCAGGACAAAAGAGACUGACAGAUCACCCAGCAGGACUGAACCUCCACAACCACCAAGUGCCUUCCCCGCCCGAGGAGGUAGGAGAGUGGUCAAGAGUCCUCAAAGGUCAUCAAGUAAAAUAAAAGAAAACAAGCACCCAUUUGCCCUUUAUGGGUGGGGAGAAAAACAGACGGAUACAGGAAGCCAGAAAACUCACAACGUCUGUGCUUCUGCUCCAGUGCAUGAGAUUCACGAAUCAGCAUUGCGAGCCAAGAGCAGAAGGCAGGUGGAGAAGAGGAGACUGGUGGCUCAGAGGCAGCGGGCCCAUUCUGCAGAUGUGGAAAAGAACAGGAGGGUCAAGCCCGCCUCCUCCGAGAACCCGUGGAUGACAGAGUACAUGAGAUGCUUUUCCGCUAGAGCUUAAAGGACAGGUGCUCGGACAGCCUCUUGUACAAAGUGUAAAUGAAAGAACAAAAACUGGCAAAAGAAACCAGGCACAGGUUUAAGAAACCGACUGUUUAUGCAAGGUUUUUCUUGGGGAAUUUCCAAAAGACUUUUAUUUUGAUGAAUCCUGGUCACCUACUUUGGCAGUAGGGUGACAGGUGAAGCCAUAGACAUUUGGUUAUUUGUGAAGAGGAUUCCCCACCCAAAUCUUUGAUACUUGUAUAAGGGUUUUGUUUUAAAGCAUCUUAAUCUUUUCAGAUACUGACACCAAAUGCCUUUAAGUGGCUUAUAGAUGCUUAACUCAGUAUUCUUCCCUCAGUUUAGGUGGAGCCUGUUUUCAUCCUUUUCUGAGUAACUUCUCAGAUUCCAGAGCUGGUCAGGUCCUUCCAGCUUGCAGCAGAAGACUCAUUUUCCUUAGUGUAGUUUUCUUUGUAAAAGAAUAUCAAGUUAAAAGUGAGUUUCAACACUCGAAUCCAUUCCAUGUAUAGUGAAACUAGAGCUUUGGUAGUUCUUAAACUAUUACACUUUUUUGUACUUCAGUUCAGCACCACUCCAUGUGGACUGUGAUAUUGAAGAAUUAACUGGGCUGGGUGAGAAUCACCUUUUUAAAUUAUCAUCUAGGCACUUACUAAUCAUUGAAGUAGUUCAAAUGCAUUCCAGUAAAUGAAGUGCCCCCGCACUGUGCUUAGAAGUAGUACUAAACUUUCUUUUGAGUCAAAGAUUGUCACUUUUUAUUGUGAGACUUUUUUAAGAACACCCGUGGGGCACCGGCCACUUGCUGCAAUCUGGCCUUUUGGCACACACCCACCAGGACUUCGACCUCUUCUAUAACACUUCGGCAAUGACAUUUAGAACUUUUAGAUACCUGUUAAAGGUGUGGACCACUCCUACUUUCUCUACUCUUUGCUUUGUGCAACUCACCAUUAACAAAGCCUUGAUGAUGUACAUUGUUCAGACUUCCAGUUGAAGUACAUUCCUUCUAGAUUCCUAGCCAGUGGCUCUUACAUAGAACGCAGUGUGAGAAGGUGGUGUACAGGCACAGAUGUGAGUGUGUCAAUGGGGUGCUCCUCCUUCUCUUUAGUACAUUUGCUUUUGGGGUAGAAAGGGAUUUCCAUUCAGCAGAGACAGAAAUCUAUAGGAAGGAUGAAAGCGAAAGUCCUUAUGGGAGGGAAGGAAGUACUUUGCCAGCUGAGCUCGAGGUGUGAGUGAAAAGUUGGUGUCUGAUGUGAGGUUGACCAUUUCCUUGAUAUUUUUACUGUGAGUCUUUGAAGUAUUAUGGUUGAUUUUUAGAACACAUGUUUUAUGCCACAUAAAAUCUUCACACAGUAUCACCUUACACAACUGUAUUAAGCUUUGCAAACUCAUACUGAAGAAUCAUGAGCUUUUAAAAAAAAAAAAAAACUGUAAAUAUUUGCAUUGUCUUGCGGUGAACACACAAGAGCUCUCCUGGUCACUGAGGUGUGUAUUUAAUAAGAGGAAGUUCUGUAUUUUGUCCAGAACAGCCUUGCUAAUAUUCUGUGAAUUUUGCUGUUAUCACAGUCCUUUAACCUCACAGGUACCUAAAGGUGACAUUCCUGUGACUUUGUGACAGGGCAGCUGAUUGUGGGAACUGUUCCUUUUUAACCACCUGCUCCAGGGUCCUGGUGCGGCUGACAAUCUUAGGGAGUAGCCUCAGGGUGGCUGGGCCUCACAUUGACGGCUGCCUUAGAAACCCAGCCUCCUCAGGCUUUGACAAGCCAGAGUCUCUCCUUGGGAAAACAGACCCAGGUUUAGCGUGCCGACUACUGCGAACUGCAGAUGGAGGUCUGGAAGAGCCUGGAAGGCAAUAUUGGCCAACUUUCCCCCCUUUUUAAGUAGAGGACAAAUGAACACGAUUUUUAAAGUACCUUUAAUGUGCAUGAGUGAAGAAUGAGUCUACAUGAAUUAACUGAGAGUCCCCUUCCUGUGUCCAAGUCAUCAGUUAGUUAAGGCCCCUUUUCCUUCUUUCUCUUUAGGGGUAAGAAUUACCUUUUGAGCCUUCAGAGUUUUUUUUUUUUUUUUUUUUUAAGUGAUAACAAUUUUGAGGUCCUACUUUUUCCUUCUCAUUGUGGAAACUAAUGUGGUGGUGAUCCUGUUCCCACACCUAUAAGACAGCAAGAUAGUUUAAAAUUACCUUUCAUGUUGAAAAGUUUGAAACUGAGAAUCCAGUGAUAUUUAAAAUACAGAAUAAAAUAAUUGCUCCAUAAGACUGUCUUUACAGUUUUGGUUUUAAGUUCUUAAUUAAAACAAUUUGCCAUAAAAUGUUUUCUGUGUUACUUUUAUUAAAAGCAGUAAUAGAAUAUUGAGUAACAUCUGCUGGACCAAAGUGAGUGAGAAUUCAAUAGUAAUCUUGUUCUUUUUCUCUCUUUUAAAACCUAAAAGACUGCUCUUAUUUAGGAGGUAUCUGAAUACUUGGUACCUCUGGUCAUGUGUAUACUCCCCCAUGGCCAUAAAAUUUCUAAGCAUAAGUAUACAUUUUAAAUAGCUUUGUCAUUGACUCAUCAAAUAUAAAUUACUUGUAAAUUGAAAGGUGUGUGUGCUGGGUUGCUAAGACUUGGUUAACUAAAUUGCACAGAAGAAAGGUGACUGUUGAGUUCUAAGGCUGUGCUAGGUAUAAAUUUUAUAAAGGGGAUGCCAAGUACUUGAUAAUUCAGGUGUUGAAACAUAUCAUUGGCAUAAAGGAAAAAGAGCCAAGCAUAUGUCAGAAGUAAAAACGACUUUUCUUGUUGACUGCUUCAGUAAAAAAUGGUUUAGUGGAUAGUUUUAUAUUUCGCUGGACUAGAUACCAAAUGGUGCUAAUAUUUAUAUAGUCUGAUUCCAUAGUUGGUUUCGGAUCAAACUGCCAAUGCCCGACCCCUAAGGUCCUUACUUAGUCCUGUGAUCAGUUAAAUAAUAUUUAAAAAGUGAUUCAAAAAGUGGGACCUUGCAUUAGAAGUGGGUUUUGUGUAAUAGAGAGCUAUUCAGUGCAAGCGCGUGCUUCAUACCAAAUUCUGUGCAGGGAGCCUUGUCCAGGGUUGGCCCAAGUUUGUUCCCUUCAUGCCUGCUAAUAUGAGGUGGGGAAAAGUUGCUCCCUUAUUACUUAUUUCCAUUUUUUUAAGUCAGGACACCCGAGUGAAGACAUUUGUGGCCUCUUUUAGGAUUUUUUUAUAAUUAAGACUUAAGAACGAUUUAAGAACAGUCUCCCUGUGUUGUUAUGUAUUAUUUUGAGCGCUACUUUCACUUUAACAUUCUGAAGGGAACAAAGGCUGGGCACGAAUAUUCACAAAGCUCAGGUGUUGGGAAUUUGGGGCUGUGUUUUCUCAGAACCAUGUAUUGCUUUUAACUUAUACUUAGUAUUGCACUUACUUGGAAAGAUGUGAAUAAAGCUCAUUAAUCUUA